GCGGCAAGGAGCCGGGCGACGCGCAGAGGCCUGGACAGGCAGGGCUCCCGGGCGCCGUGCUGGCCUCGGGGUGGGGUUGGGGCCGGGUUUCCAGCCGUGGGCCCGGGAAGAUGGUGCUGGGCGGCUGCCCGGUGAGUUACUUGCUUCUGUGCGGCCAGGCGGCCCUGCUGCUCGGGAAUCUCCUGCUACUGCAUUGUGUCUCCCCGAGCCACAACGCUACCACCGAGCCCGAGCUCACAUCCGCCGCCAUCGCGCACCUGGAAGGCCCCGCGGCGGCGCUGAACUGGAACUACAGCGACCCCCACUCUCCGGUCAUUCUUUGCUCUUACCUACCUGAUGAAUUUAUAGAAUGUGAAGAACCAGUGGAUCACGUUGGAAAUGCCACCGCCUCCCAGGAGCUUGGUUAUGGCUGUCUCAAGUUCGGUGGCCAGGCCUACAGCGAUGUGGAACACACAGCCGUGCAGUGCCGGGCCCUAGAGGGGAUCGAGUGUGCCAGUCCCAGGACCUUCCUCCGCGAGAACAAGCCUUGUAUAAAGUACACCGGACACUACUUCAUAACGACUCUACUCUACUCCUUCUUCCUGGGCUGUUUUGGAGUGGAUCGAUUCUGUUUGGGCCACACGGGCACCGCAGUCGGGAAGCUCUUGACUCUCGGAGGCCUUGGGAUUUGGUGGUUUGUUGACCUGAUUUUGCUUAUUACCGGCGGGCUGAUGCCAAGCGACGGCAGCAACUGGUGCACUGUUUACUAGAAAGGGUGUCAUGUGGCCAAGGGGCCUCCGAACGCGCCGUCUUCCGAAUUCAUCGCCACAGACUCAGAACGCAUCUGUGAUCGCAGACCGGACCUCUGCUCUCCCUCGUGGGAAGAAUGAGUGUGGUUAAGAAAGCUUCUUUGGGCUUUGGAUUUUUCAACCCAAAUUUUACCUCACAGAAUAGAAAUGACAUGCA